GGUGUAAAUGUUAAUGUGAGCACACGGCUGCAGUCUGCGGGGCUGUUUAGGGCGGAAAAGUGAAUGAAGCAGUCAGUGUAGGGGGGCAGAGGGGCUGCGGAAUGUUCGGGAAAGAGGCGGUAUCGUCCCUUUAAGGAAACAGUGAAGCCUCCGCACGUUCAGGGUGUGGCCUCUGAUUCCUCCCACAGGGCUGCUCUCAGAGCACAGGGUCAGAUCAGAGAGCCGGGCGGUCCGCAUCGCAGCGGUUCUGGGAUCUUUAAGGAUUUUACAGCAGGAAGAACUGAACCUCCGUCCCUGACCACGCUGCCCUCAGAAACGAGCUCUGAUCAUGAAGUGAUUCAUCGGUUCUUCCUCCGGAACGCAGAGGGACAGAGGGACAGAGGGACAGAGGUAACAGAGGAGGAACCUGAGGCUGCACACCGGUAAUUAUGGGAUUCUUCGGGCUGCUGAAGACUCAGUUCCUUUGUCACCUGGUCAUCUGUUAUGUGUUUCUGGUCAGCGGCCUCAUAAUCAACCUCCUGCAGCUCUGCACGCUGCCUCUGUGGUGGAUUAACAAACAGCUGGCUCGCAGGGUCAACUGCAGACUGGCCUACUGCGUCUCCAGCCAGAUGGUGGCGCUGCUGGAGUGGUGGUCUGGGACUGAGUGCACGCUGUACACGGAUCCGGAGUCCUACCCCUUCUACGGCAAAGAGAACGCCAUCGUCAUCCUCAACCACAACUUCGAGAUCGACUUCCUGUGCGGAUGGACCUUCUGCGAAAGGUUCGGGGUUCUCGGGAGCUCAAAGGUUCUGGCGAAGAAGGAACUGGCCUACAUGCCUGUAAUUGGCUGGAUGUGGUACUUCCUGGAGAUCGUCUUCUGUAAGAGAAAAUGGGAGGAGGAUCGCAGGACGGUGGUGCAGAGCCUUCAGCGCCUUCAGGACUAUCCAGAGAACUUCUGGUUCCUCCUGUACUGCGAGGGAACCCGCUUCACCGAGAAGAAACACAAGAUCAGCAUGGAGGUGGCGGAGAAGAAAGGCCUCCCCAAACUCAAGCACCACCUCCUGCCUCGCACCAAGGGCUUCUGCGUCACCGCCCAGAACCUCAGAGGAACCGUUACUGCUGUGUACGAUUCUACGCUUAAUUUCAGAAACAACCAAACGCCAACCUUACUCGGAGUGCUCAAUGGGAAAAAGUACCACGCCGAUUUAUAUGUGAGGCGGAUUCCUCUGGACACAGUCCCAGAGAACGAGUCUGAAUGUGCUGCCUGGCUGCACAAACUCUACCAGGAGAAGGACGUCUUCCAGGAGCAGUACAGCCAGACGGGCCGCUUCCCCGGCCCCAUAGUGAGCCCCCCGCGCCGACCCUGGCCUCUGCUCAACUGGCUGUUCUGGGUCUGCCUGCUGCUCUGCCCGCUCUGCCUGCUAGUGCUGCAGCUGUUCCACUCAGGAUCAGCCGUCACUGUCGUCACCACAGCUGUUCUCUGUGUUGCAGCCUCAGCUGCCGUUCGCUGGAUGAUCGGACAGACCGAGAUCAACAAGGGCUCCAGCUACGGAAACAAAGAGGUUCUACUCAAUAACAACGACUAAUGGCGCAAAGUCACCAGCCGAGGCAGCACGGCGUGGCUAACGUAAUCAGCGUGCACACCGGAGCUUGACACCGAGAGCACAAGUGGACCAACACACGGGCAGUUCACCGGUGAAAAAAGGACAAAAUAACUGACCUCACAAUCUGGCUGGUUCACUAAUGACACCUGGGCUGCGUUCAGGCUCAGCGAAAAGUGGCCCGUUUCCCUUUAAGGGCCCGAUUCUGAUCUGGUUUUUGGUUGUUCACAUUUUCUUUUGAAUGCUGGGACGGGAUUGGUUUACAGGAGGAGGUGGGUGAUGUAAUCAUUAAGUGUUUCUCAGUGAUUUGGUCCUGUCUGAAUGCGCUGUCUGUCAAAAAAUACCCUCAGCUGAUAUUAAUAAUGCACAAACCGACAUGUCAGUAAAAACUCUGCCACAUCCUGUGGAAACAGUUUCUGAAGUUUGGAGGCUCGAAGAGGCGCUUUCUCACGCCCUGUUUAAAAAACACAGCACCCAUUAAACGUUUCUGUUGGUUUUGUAA